AUGCAGAACGGCCGCGGUCGUAGAAAGAACGGCAGUCUGAAGCUCUCGAAAAACAAAUCCCCACGUCCGCCGGUAUCUCAAUCGUUUGCCCAAAGCUCUGACGGUGAGAUUCCCGUCCGCCCCAAGGUCUCGAUGGCUCCCGUCGCUCUUGCGAACGACCCCUUCACUCAUGAGAUCUCCACCCCUGCCACUACUACCACCACCGCCGCUACGAACCCCCUGACGACGAACGGAGUCCAUACAACGAAGAAGUUGAUGGCGCGGAAGCAGUCAUCGCCCAUGGCGCCGACAUUUAUGGUGUCGGCGCCGGGCAAGGUCAUCGUGUUUGGAGAACACGCCGUGGUGCACGGCAAGGCAGCCAUGGCCGCAGCCAUUUCUCUACGAUCAUACCUCUUGGUGACCACGCUAUCGAAAUCCCAGCGAACGGUGACGCUAAACUUUCGAGACAUUGGGCUGGAUCAUACCUGGGACAUUGACGAACUGCCAUGGAACGUUUUCCAGCAACCAUCCAAAAAAAAGUUCUACUACGAUCUUGUUACCAGUCUUGAUCCGGAACUUUUUGAAUCCAUUCAGCCUCACCUUGAAUCAGUGGGGAAGGGUAUCCCCGAAGAGCAGCGCAAGAUCCAGCAACGAUCGGCCUCGGCUUUCCUAUACCUCUUCCUAUCGCUCGGCUCACCGCAGAGUCCCGGCGCCAUCUACACCCUCCGAUCUACCAUUCCUGUCAGCGCGGGUUUAGGGAGCAGUGCGACCGUCUGUGUGUGUAUCAGCACAGCGCUGCUGCUCCAAAUCCGCACCCUUGCUGGCCCUCACCCGGACCAACCUCCCGAGGAGUCAGAGGUGCAGAUCGAGCGCAUUAACCGUUGGGCGUUUGUUGGAGAAAUGUGCAUGCAUGGGAACCCCAGUGGUGUGGAUAAUACGGUCUCCGCGGGCGGCAAGGCAGUGGUGUUCCGCCGAACGGAUUACUCGAAGCCGCCCGUCGUCACUCGGCUUCCAAACUUCCCAGAGUUACGUCUCCUUCUAGUCAACACGCGACAAUCACGGUCUACGGCAGUUGAGGUUGCUAAAGUUGGCACACUGAAGAAGGAACAUCCCAGGGUGACCGAGACUAUUCUUAAUGCCAUUGAUGACGUCUCGGUGUCGGCACAAGAACUUGUUGAGUCUCUCGGCAACGGUGAGUGUUCGAAGGAGACACUUGAGCAUCUUGGCACCCUCAUUCGCCUGAACCACGGCCUCUUGGUCUCCUUGGGUGUUUCGCAUCCCCGUCUGGAGCGGAUUCGGGAGCUGGUCGAUCAUGCCAACAUCGGCUGGACGAAGCUCACAGGCGCUGGAGGCGGCGGUUGCGCGAUCACGCUCCUACGACCCGACAUCAAGGAGGAGGCGGUGCGGGAGCUGGAGCAAAAGUUGACUGAUGAAGGAUAUGCUAAGUACGAGACCACCCUUGGUGGCGACGGUGUCGGAGUCCUUUGGCCCGCGGUACUCCGCAACGGUUCCGAUGAGGAGGGAGGCGAAGAGAUCGACCAGCAGAAAUUUGAAAAUGCCGACGGACCGGAGGGCAUUGAACGGUUGGUCGGUGUUGGGGUUCAGGAGAAACGCGAAGGUUGGAAGUUCUGGAAACGAACGGCCCCCUAA